GUAUAUUUCUCUCGUUUUUGAGGAAGCACAGUCGAAACAGAGAGAGAGCGAAGGAGAGUGAGAGAGGAAGGAUAUCUACGUCUUGGAUAGCUCUGCCGUGUACCAAUUACGAAACACCCAAUCUACUAUCUUCGGGAAGCCUCUAUCAGCCAUGUAUCGGAAGUGUUCUUAUUCGAUGGUGUUUUCAUUCUGAGACUGGCGCGAGAGAGGAAAGCUAAUCCGAGAGAGAGGAAGAAGAGGAGAUUGGGUUGUUGGAAUCGAAAGCAGAAGAGAAAGAGUGAGGCCGAUCCGAGAGAGAGGAAGAGCAGGAGACGGGAAGAGAAGAAAAGAAAAGAAGAAGAACAAGAAGAGGAAGAAGAAAAGGAAGAAGAAGAGGGAAAUCGAGUAAAUUGAUCAUCCCAGGGAUUUCCAUAAGCAUAUCAAGAGGCAGCUAAUACAGUUCGAGAAGAAUCUUAGAACUUAGAAAAGAGCACAUCAGUUGAUAGCAGAAAAGUUUGGACAAGAGAACAUUGCAACUUUUUUGUGCCGCAGCAUCGCGCGGCUGGGUUUUCUAGUACAUACAUCUAAGGACAGGUUCGUUUUCUCUCAUUUAUGGGGUGCCAUCCGUCUUUAGUAAGUCCAAUGUGUAGAUUUCGUUCGUGGUUUCUAGAGAAAGCACAGUUGAAACAGAGAGAGAGAGUGGUGAUUCCGUUUUGCUGUGAGGAGGAAGAAGAUCUGCGUCUUGGAUAGGGGUAUUGUUCAGUUUUGCUGUGAGAAGGAAGAGGAUCUGCAUUUUGGAUAACUCUGUCGGGGGUAUUGUAUGUGCUUCAUUUUAUUUCAGUGAUUGAUUGGAGGAGGUUCAAGGUUCUAUGCAACGCAGUACUUGGAUUGUUGUUUUGCCGCUGUCCCUGGUUUUGUUGGUUGGUGUUCAUUUAUGUAGACAAUAGAAGCACUGAAAUCUAUCUAUAAAAUCAGCAUUCUCAAUUUUGAUAGUGCUCCACAAACUUCAAGCAGAUAUAGCGUUAUACUAUGAUUGAUGUCUUCAAACAUUGUUGUGUGCUUAGCUUUGCUGAUUGAAGAAGAUAAAUGGGAAAAUGAGCUCUCCUUCAGCUUCACAAGCCAAAUAAUUGAUCCUGCCAUUUCAGAAUCAUCCAGAGGGAGAGAGAGAGCUUCAGACAGAGUCCCAGAACGAUCCAGAAAUAGAGAGAGAGAUAGAGGUUUAGAUUGAGAGUGCGAUCUGAUCCGUCAUCGUUGCAGGCAGAAAGAGAGAGGCAUAGAGGAUUGUUCAUCUAAUUAGUGUACUUAUUAUUAGAGACGAAAGCGAUUGUUCAUCUUUGUGAGACUUGGCCAGAAGGAGAGGGAGGGAGAACUGAUUCGGGAUACUGGGAAACAGGGAAUCCAUAUCGUAGGAAUCUAUCAGGGAAUCCAUAUCGUAGAAAGAGGCGAGACGAAAGAAAGGGAGGAGAGAACGGGGAAGAAAGAAGAGAAGGAGAAGAGACAGACCGAAAGCUAUUGACAACACAAGUGGAAGUAUUUUUAAAUUUCUGGGAGGGAUAUAGGACUUGGGAGAUCAGAGUGGAGAAGAGAACCUUUGUUUAUUGGGCAGGUAGAGGGAAGAGUACCUAUAAAAGGGAAGGUUCCAGGCUUUGUAAAGGUGUGUUUGUGUAAGCAAACGGCCAAGCCAGGAAGUUGAUGAAACCUGGCCAAAUAUACAGGGACUCACAGUGACUUUCAGGCGCUUUUUGUUUUGGCGGGACGAUGAAUUUAUUUAGAAUAUCUAGUCAACAUGUACAACAUGUACCGGCUGCUGCUGUUGUUUAUGAACCACCUCCGGAGGCGCAGCUUCCCCUGAAACCAGCAGGACCAACUUUGGAGGGUUUAAUUGCUGAAGAUUCAUAUCCACAGUAUGCUGCAAUUGCUGAUCACGUUGGAGAAAAUGAAUCCGGAGUUGAACAUGGCACUGGUGCAAAGAACGACUCAUCUGUUAUAGCAAAGCAUCAUGACGUUUCGGAUGAGGAAGGAUGGAUUGCGAUUCCAUACAAAGAACUCCCCGAUAAUUGGAAUGAUGCACAAGAGAUACAAUCAUUACGCUCUAUGGACCGCUCCUUUGUUUUUCCUGGUGAACAUGUUCAUAUCCUUGCCUUGCUGUCAGCAUGUAAGCAGGAUACAGAAAUUAUUACUCCUUUUAAAUUAGCUGCAGCUAUGAAUAAAAAUGGUUUAAAGCAAAGCCCAACGAAGCAAAAUGGGAAUGUGGAAGAUGAAAAUGAUACAUUGUCAAGAAAAGGAGAAAGUAGUCUUGAUAGUCAAGGUACAGAUCAAAUUGGUGAAACCCUGUCAAAAGAGAAGGCUGAUCCACAAAAGGAUGUUUCUGCUAGUGAAUCCCUUCUUCGAAUGGAGGAUCACAAAAGACAAACUGAAAUAUUAUUGCAAAGAUUUGAGAGGUCUCAUUUUUUUGUUAGGAUUGCGGAGUCGGGUGAGUCCCUUUGGUCAAAAAAGGGUUCUUCUGAGAAGUCUUCAGAAUCUUCUGAGAUGGAUGGUCUAGAGGACACGUUAAAUGGAACCCAGAAAAGUGCAUUGCCUCAACUCAAUGCCAUUGUUGAUAAAGGAAAUUUUGAUCCCAAAGUCUCUGGUGGUGUAGCAAGAAAUAAUGUCAAGUGUUGCUCUCUUUCUAAUGGAGACAUAGUGGUUCUUUUACAGGUGAAUGUUGGUGUAGAUUUUUUGAAUGACCCUGUUAUUGAGAUUCUUCAGUUUGAGAAGUACCGUGAGAGAAGUCUGUCUACAGAGGCUCAGGAGAACUUGGUUUAUGCAAAUCCGGACCCAUGUGGAGAGUUGUUAAAAUGGCUGCUUCCUUUGGAUAACGUACUUCCUCCUCCAGCUCGUCCUUUAUCUCCUCCUUUAACUUCUAAUUCAGGAAUUGGUGCCACACAUCAAAAGCCCACAUCCGGUUCUCAGAUUUUCUCCCAUUUUAGAAGUUACUCCAUGUCAUCACUACCACAAAAUACUACACAACCACCUGCACCUAUUACAGUCGCCAGUUCUAAGCCAAGCUUUGAUCGUGAAGACUGGGAUCAGUUUUCAUCUCUGAAGCUCUUGAAGAGUCAAAAAGAUGGUUACGACGGGCUUUUAUCUUUUCGAGGUGUGUCAUUGGAGCGCGAAAGGUUUUCUGUUCGUUGUGGAUUGGAAGGCAUCUAUACACCAGGAAGAAGAUGGAGGAGAAAACUUGAAAUCAUACAACCUGUAGAAAUUCAUUCUUUUGCUGCGGACUGCAAUACAGAUGACCUUCUCUGUGUCCAGAUAAAGAAUGUUUCUCCAGCACAUGCACCCAAUAUUGUGGUGUAUGUAGAUGCUAUAACGAUUGUCUUUGAGGAGGCUUCAAAAGGUGGACAGUCUGUAUCGUUACCAAUUGUAUGUGUGGAAGCAGGCAGUGACCAUAGCAUACCAAAUUUGGCACUCAGGAGAGGUGAAGAGCAUUCUUUUAUUCUUAAACCAGCAACAACCCUGUGGAAGAAUUUCAAGACUGGUGGUGAUAGAAGCACUCAACAAUCACUAGCACAGGCUGGAAAUGCAGCAUCAAGUUCACAUCUAGCAUUGAAGACUGCUGAAGGAAAAAGGGCUGCUUCAACCGCUGACCAGUAUGCAAUUAUGGUAUCCUGUCGGUGCAACUACACGGAGUCAAGAUUGUUUUUUAAACAGCCAACAAGUUGGCGACCGCGUAUGUCAAGGGAUCUUAUGAUAUCUGUUGCGUCUGAAAUGUCUGGACAAUCUAGUGCACCAAAUGCUGGAGUCUCCCAACUUCCUGUUCAGGUCUUAACUCUUCAGGCUUCAAACUUAACAACUGAAGAUCUAUCUCUGACGGUUCUUGCCCCGGCUUCAUUUACUUUGCCACCUUCAGUCGUAUCCUUGAAUUCUUCACCUUCUUCUCCAAUGAGUCCAUUUGUUGGUUUUCCUGGGUUUACAGGAAGAACAACUGCCGAGAGACAUAACUCUACAAUGCAGAGGCUGAACUCAGCACCCUCUAUAUUGACAAAUCAGAAACAAGCUUCUUCUAAAGAACAAGCUUCUCCAGUAUCUGAUAUUGUUCCUACUGCUGGUUUAGGUUGUACACAUUUGUGGCUUCAGAGUAGAGUUCCACUAGGAUGUGUUCCCUCCCAAUCUACGGCCACCAUCAAGCUGGAGCUACUUCCAUUGACUGAUGGCAUAAUUACGCUGGACACUCUUCAGAUUGAUGUCAAGGAAAAAGGUUGUACUUACAUACCUGAGCACUCGCUGAAGAUUAAUGCCACAUCCAGUAUUUCCUCGGGGAUUCUUUAAGAAACAUCCUGUGCAACAUGCAUUUCAUUCCACAUUCGUAUUGAAGUGUCAACGUCUGUAGUCAUCGAGCAUCAGGCUCUCAACAACAGGCACUGAGGUUUCCCUUGCUUUGUUCAGAUAAAAUUGUCAUGUCAAUUUGUCUUAGAAAACACAACCUCACAGUAUGUGUUGUAAACCGGGAUUUGAGAAUAGGGAUUUUUAUAGCAUACCCCUUAUUGGGAGACUGUAUUCUUUGUAGAUGAAUCUUUACUUGUGUGAAAUGUAUUCGAUUAAUGCAGAAAAGUUAUACACCUGAUCAUUUACUA